CUCUGAACCUAAACAGUUAAUUAAACAAAUCCUUCCCUAUUAACCAUUUAUAAAAACUCAACCAUUUUCGCAGGAGGGAGUAGAAACUAAAAAACCAACGCGUCUGAUCCUUCAAGCGGUUGCAUAAGAUCAUCCCAAUCGACGUUGCCGCACACUCAUAUCGGUUGCUGCCUCCAUAGAUGGCAAGGAACAACAAAAGAAACAGAUCUGGCAGUCGGGCUAAUACCGGUGAUGGUUGCGGAGGGAUUGUGGAGGAAGUUCCUCUUGAGGUUAUUGGAGAUAUAUUGUCUCGUGUAGGAGUUGCACGAGACGUGAUUCGAGCUUCCCUAACUUGUUCCAAGUGGCGAGAAGCUUAUCUCAAACAUCUUCAUACACUUUCCUUUAAUGUCGAUGAUGAUGAGCAUGUCUAUCGGGAACUCCCUACUUGUGACUUAGAAAUGUUGAUCACAAAGACCCUUUUCCAAUCACCCGGUUUGCGAAGAUUGUCAAUUCUGAUGGAUGAGAAGCACAUAUUUACAGCCACUUCAGUGGUGGGUUGGUUAAUGUUCUCCAGAGAAACAUUGUCCGAGUUGUUUUAUAAGGCUAGAACUUCUCAGCCUAUUGAUGUUCUUGAUGUAUUUGGAAGGCAACGACUUGAAACCUUGAGUUUAUGUGAUUACACAGUGACAGGGGUUGUGCCGAAUUUCAAAAGAUUCCCAUGUUUGACUUCACUUUCUCUAUGUGACGUCAGUAUUCCAGUAGAGGGACUGCAACGACUUCUUUUGGCUAUUCCCAAACUAGAGCAUGUGGAACUUACCGAUAUGUUUCUAUGGGGUUUAAACGAUGAUGUUUAUUCGGCAAAAGUAACAGUCAAGUUGCAUUGUCCUUCAUUGAAGUUUCUUUCGCUUACUCAUCUUCAACCCAUGGACUUUAUUUUGGAGAAUGGUAGUCGUAUUGAGUACGUGCGUGUGACAAGAUGUGGUUUUUGUUUAUUUAAGAUCGGUGGUAGUAAAACUUUGAGGCACUUCAACAUGUCCUGCGCUAGGGCUCUUCUUCUUGAAAUUGAAGACGGAGACAACCUCGAGAGUUUAGAAAUCACAAGGAGUGAUGUUGCGCAGUCAAAUUUAUUCCCUAUGAAGAUACGCGCACCAAAGUUGAAAACGUUUCGAAUUUGGGAUUCUAAAAUUGUUGAAAAAGGGAAAGGACUCGUGGUGGAUUUGGAACCACUAGCUGUUGGUUCACCACAACUUAGCCAUCUUGCAAUAUUUUGUGAUAAUGGAUCAUUUUGUAACAUUAGUUUUGGAUUCUCGCUUUCCUUGGAGAAGGUAUGGGUCUUGGAGAUCGGAUGGGAAUGGGAUUACAUUGAUGGCUUUUGUGAGUGGACAGAGAAGGUGUUGAGGUGCUGCCCAAAUGUUAGGAAAUUGAUUGUCCAUGGGGUAGUUCCAAAAGAGGCUAGUAUUCCUUGUCCUUCGAAGUAUUUGGAGGACUUUGGCGAGCACACAUCAUCAAUGUUCGAAAUGAUGAGGAAGUAUCAGCAUAUACAAGUGCAGUUUGUUUUCAAGUAUCAACUCUACGCGUAAUUUCUGUGCCUUGGGGCAGUUCAAGUGAUCAAUAAAAAGUGCAAAAAGGAUUGUAGCCGGAUUGCAUAACUCAAAUGUUCAAUAAGGGGUUGCAAAAGGGUGUUAUGGCCUGGUUCGAUUCCGAGCAAAGACUGGAUGUUUAAUUGUUUAUGGUUUGCAUAAGAUCCUUUUGUCACGAUCAGGAGAUCUAUAAAAGCUGCUUCGUUGGUGACAAGAGGUUUUCCUUGGAAGUGUUAUUGCCAUUUCCCCAGGCGCUCGCUCGCUGGUGACUUCCCAAAGUUUUACUCCCUCCGGUUAUUGUGCUUCCAAUGUGAAAUCCGGACUCCAGAGUUGAGGAACACCAUUAUAGUCCAGAAAAAAUUUCAACGGCAUUAUAGUUGCUUUUCAACAGUAUGGAGCAGAAAAGUGGUAGCGGAGCAGCAGUGAGUGCGGCAUGGUGGAGGGGGCGUGAUGGCCGGUCACGCUCAUCCGACAUAGUCUUACUGUCAUACUCUACAAAUUUGAAGCACCCAACACAUGGGUGCACCCAUGCUUUACACAGACAAACACAGACGAUAAUUGUCUGUGUCGCACAGACAAUUAUUGUCUGUGUGCACCCAUGUGGUGGCACCCUAGCAUUUUCCAAAUUUGAAUACAGUUUUCUAUUCACG